AUGGAUGAUGUGUUGGAUGAAAACAAAAAGUUAGCUGCUGAGAUCAAGAAAGUAGCCGAUCGGGAAAAGAUUCUAGAAAUGCGUGUAAAGAAGCUAGAAUCUGAAAACAAGUCUUUGUUGAAGAAGAUUGACACUGAUCAAUCAGAGAUUGAUAUCUUGAAAGUGAGAGUGGCUGAACUUGAAGAAGAAAAGGUUCGCAUGGAUGAGCAGAACAAAUAUUUCGAGUUGAAAAACAAAGAGCUUGAAGCUGCAAAAGCAAUGAAAAAGCAUGAGUUUUACAUGUUAAACAAAGUUGUUGAGAAUAUGCUUGGGAAGUCAGUAGAACAAAGAUUCGAGGAGAUUGCAGUUGAAGAACCGAGAGUUAAACAUCAAGCUGAGAUUGAUGAACAAAUGAAAGAUAAAGGAAAAGGUGUUGAAAGCAGUGUUGCAGCUGUUGAGAGAUCAAUUGUUCCAUCCUUAGUGAUUGAAAAUCCAGUACCUAUUUCUUCAGUAUCAGCACUUUUUGAAGAUCCUGUAACUCUAGAAGAUCUUGCUGCUGAUGAUGAUGAGGAAGAUGAUGAGGAGGAUGAAGAUGAAGAGGGUGAUGAGGAUGAAGGUGAUGAUGAGGAUGAUGACGAUGAUGAGAAAGUAUUUUCGGCUAGCAGUCAUAGUUCUGAUGAUGACGAUGACGAUGCUCAAGGUGGUAUGGGAAUUAAAAGUCAGGGAGCUGAAGGAAAGGGGGAGUCUGAUGAUACUCAAAAUGUUGAACAUGCUGAGAAGUUAAUUCUGAGAUUGGAUACUUACAGGGAAGAAGGUGAACACUUUCAUACGUAUACAUUGGAAAAGAUCAAAGAAAUGACGCGUAUGGUUGAUCCUGAUUUCAAGUUUGAUUUUGAAGAAGAGUUAAAUGCGUUCGACAUCAACCACCAACCAGAAUACGAGUAUAAGUAUGUAGAGGAUGCUGAUAUGUAUGACAGGGUUGAGGUUGAGGAUUGCACAGAUGAUGAGAGCGUUAGUGAAGAUACUUCUCAGUAUCCUACGCUGAUGGAGUUCUUUAUCGAAGAGAAUAGAGAUGAGUUGAGAAGAAAAGUCGCUGAAAUCUUAAAAGAUAAAAAUUUCGAUGGUACUCCAAAGGAUAUGCAGAAAGAAGAACGGAAAAAGUGGUUUAAAGACAGUCACGAGAGAAAAUUCAAAAGGCCGUUGAAGUUCUAUCAAAGGGAUCGAAGCAUUUCACUGGGUGACAUAAUUAGCUGGGGUUUCCUGCCUCAUGUUAAUGCAUAUGUGAUCAGAAGGGAGUAUGGGGUGCAAUACUUUGAACGUUUAUAUGACAUAAUGUCAUUACCAUGGUGGGAUGUGGAGGAGCUGUCGAAAGUAAGAACUUUAGGGUAUCCUGUUCGCAAGAAUGAUGUUCCGAUGUAG